UUGGUGAAGCCUAAAGCACCUUACACACUCGACAAGGCUCAGAAAAAGGUAUUUUGUGAGUGGGUACGUGACUUGAAGUUUCCAGAUGGCUUUGCAUCGAACUUGAGUAGAUGCGUGGAUCUUAGUUAUAGUAAAUUGCAAGGAUUGAAGAGCCAUGACUGUCAUGUAUUCAUGGAGAGGCUGUUGCCGGUUCUCUAAAAGAAUUGCUUCCUUUGCAUGUUUGGAAGGCGAUAACCGAAAUAAGUCAAUUCUUUCGAGAUUUGUGUGCGUCCACAAUCAAAGUCAAUGAGAUGGAGCGCUUAGAAAACAACAUUGCCGAGAUCUUAUGCAAGUUGGAAAAAAUCUUUCCUCCAUCGUUUUUCAACUCAAUGGAGCACUUGCCGGUUCACUUGCCUUAUGAAGCAAAAGUUGGGGGGCCCGUCCAGUAUAGGUGGAUGUACCCUUUUGAAAGGUUUCUUAACCACUUAAAGCGUAAAGUGGGAAACAAAGCACGUGUUGAAGGUUCAAUAUGCAAUGCCUACCUAACUGAUGAGAUCACGAACUUCCGCUCCAACUACUUUCUGCCCGGGGUUGACACAAAAUCAAGGGACUUAGGAAGAAAUGUCAAUCCUGAUGUCGCCAACACACAUGGUCUUGGUGUUCCCGAGUUGUUCAGGAAAGACUGCGGUCGACCAGGAACAGACGGUUGUUUGCGAUGGUUGCAAGACAUGGAGUACGAAAGAGCACAUCUUUACGUACUCUCAAACAGUGGCAUCUUAAGUGAUUAUGAAAGGAAAUUCGAGGAGCACAUUGUCAAUUCAAGAUCGAACAUUGCUAUGGAUGAGGUGUGGAGCAAAUGUGAAGCUGAGUUCCCUACUUGGUUCAAGACAAAUGUCCUUCGUGCCAUGACAAGUGACGAUGUCACUCGAGCUCUUGCUAUGGGUCCGUCCAGACAAGUGAGAACGUGGAAUCAAUUCUUUGUGAAUGGAUAUAACUUUCAUACACACGAAUAUGGCAAGAACAAGUCAACCAUGAAUUAUGGUAUAUGUGUACAAGCUGAUGAUGGAGCUGAUUACUUUGGCAUUUUGGAGGAGGUUAUCGAACUGGUGUACCAUGGUAAUUUGGCUAUUUAUAAGACAAUCUUGUUCAAGUGCAGUUGGAUGGACUCAGACAAGGGUAUGAACAUUCAUGAACAAUAUAGACUUGUGGAAGUCAACCACACCAAAAGACACCCAAAAUAUGAUCCGUUUGUGUUGUCGUACCAAGUUAGCCAAGUAUACUACGCGCCGUAUCCCAGUCUUAGGAGGGAUAAAAGGCAAUGGUGGGCUGUGUUUAAAACGAAGGCAAGGGCCGAAGUUGAUGCCCCAAUUGAUUUGGAUGUUCUUCAGGAGGAAAGAACUGAUACUGCUGCACUUCUUUGUGCCCCGGAUGAGAUACCAGACUAUGAUGCUGGUGAUGACGACAAUAAUGAUGAGAUCAUGGGAUUCGAGGUGCCGAAUGAACAAGGAGAACCAAGUGAAAUUGAAAGCAGCGACGCGAGUGGUGAUUUCACCGAAGAUGACGAUGACGAGGAUGACGCGGAUGAUUAUGAUCUGUUUGAUGAUGUUUAGUGUGUCUUGUUAAACUAUGUAGUUUGCUUUUGUUGUAAGACAAUAUGUUAAGUCAUUUUAUCACCUUUCCUCAUUCUAUGUAUAAGACAUUAUUUAUUUCUAUUAUAUGCGUUUUAUUUAGUUAAUCUUUGUUUCAUUUCAAGCUUUUUAAGAAUAGAUUAAUUAUGUUAAGUGUAAUAUAUUGUACUAUGGUUUUGUAAUUGUGUAUGAUUAAUGUCAUUGUUUGAUUGUAAUAUGUGAUUAAUUUCAAUGUUUGUCACGCCUUAAAUCUUUGUUGGUGAUUUAUUUUGCGGAUGUCAUCACGUGUCGGAUCUCGGGGUGGUUCUCGUGGUGGGGGUAGUAGUCGAGGUCGUGGCAGAGAGCGGCCUGAGCCAGACCCUGACCUUUUACUUCGGCUUCAACAUGAUGACGAUCUUGAGAGGGAUGAGGCAGAGGAAGAACUAAGGGUAGAGGACAAUAAUGGGGGUGGGGUAGUUGACAAGCGAAAGGAGUUGGACCCCAAUGGACUUUGGUUUGAAGACAAUGGAGUCAUUCGCUCCUUGAGUAAAUGCUUCAAGCAACAUUUCCACCAUCCAUGGAGGAACUGGUCGCAGGUUGAUGACGACACAAAAAACCAUUGGUUUUCUCUUUUCAAGACCAUUUAUAGAUGGAGGGAGGAGAUUGAAUCCGAAGUGAGGUCUACAUUCGACCAAAAAAUGGCCAAAAGAUUGAAAGAUAAUCAUCACUUCACAGUGAAGAAGAAGGGUGGUGUACGUCCGGUAUGGAUGUCUACGAGCGUUCACGAGCAGAUGAUGAAGAAUGCUCAAGACGAGGAGUUCAGAGCCCGAUCUGAGAAGGCCAGCAAGAACCGACGAGGAGGUGAUUUGACUAGCAAUGUACCUCCUUCUCAUUGCCAAGGCUCCAUUUCUUCAGCAGAGCGCGCUAAA